AUGAAGCUUUCACUCUUAGCGACGACCUUACCCUUAUUUGGGAAGAUCGUGGACGCACUAAGUGCAGCUGAAUGGCGUAGUCAGUCUAUCUAUUUUCUUCUGACGGACAGAUUUGCACGAACAGAUGGCUCAACCUCUGCUCCCUGUGACCUCAGCCAGAGGGCUUACUGUGGCGGUAGUUGGCAAGGUAUAAUCGACCAUUUGGAUUAUAUUCAAGGCAUGGGAUUCACUGCUGUUUGGAUCACGCCGAUCACGAAGCAAAUCCCACAAGCGACGAGUGAGGGAUCUGGAUACCAUGGUUACUGGCAACAGGAUAUAUAUAGCGUCAACUCAAACUUUGGUACAGCUGAUGAUAUCCGGGCGCUGUCGAAGGCCUUGCAUGACAAAGGAAUGUACCUGAUGAUUGAUGUUGUUGCAAAUCAUAUGGGUUAUAACGGACCUGGUGCCUCAACUGACUUCAGUGUUUUUACACCCUUCAACUCGGCCUCUUACUUCCAUUCUUACUGUCCCAUCAGCAACUACGACGACCAGAAUCAAGUAGAAAAUUGCUGGUUGGGAGACGAUACCGUCUCUCUGACUGAUUUAUACACGCAAAGCAAUCAGGUGCGCAACAUUUGGUACAGUUGGGUUAAGGAUCUUGUAGCCAACUAUACUGUGGACGGCCUUCGUAUUGAUACUGUCAAGCAUGUUGAGAAGGAUUUCUGGACUGGGUACCGCGAGGCUGCUGGAGUGUACACGGUUGGGGAAGUUCUUCAUGGAGAUCCUGCUUAUACCUGUCCUUACCAGGGAUAUGUUGACGGAGUUUUCAACUACCCGAUUUACUAUCCUCUCCUCAAUGCAUUCAAGUCCUCCAGUGGGAGCAUCAGCGACCUGGUCAAUAUGAUUAACACUGUUUCAUCUGAUUGCAAAGACCCAUCAUUGCUAGGAAGCUUUAUUGAAAAUCAUGACAAUCCUCGUUUUCCUAGCUACACUUCGGAUAUGUCCCAGGCGAAGAGCGUUAUUGCCUAUGUCUUCUUUGCAGAUGGCAUACCCACUAUCUACUCCGGCCAGGAACAACACUAUACCGGGGGCAAUGACCCCUACAAUCGUGAAGCUAUUUGGCUCUCAGGCUACGCAACUGACUCCGAGCUAUAUAAGUUCAUUACCACCGCCAACAAGAUUCGAAACCUUGCCAUAUCCAAAGAUUCCAGCUAUCUCACUACACGGAAUAACGCGUUUUAUACGGAUAGCAAUACUAUUGCAAUGCGCAAAGGCUCUAGUGGCUCCCAAGUUAUCACCGUCCUUUCUAAUUCCGGCUCUAACGGGGCCUCAUACACACUCGAACUGGCCAACCAAGGUUACAACUCCGGCGCCCAACUGAUAGAGGUGUACACUUGCUCGUCUGUCAAAGUCGACUCCAAUGGCAACAUCCCCGUCCCAAUGACUUCGGGUCUUCCUCGAGUCCUUGUUCCCGCCUCAUGGGUAACGGGAAGCGGGCUUUGCGGCACUUCCUCCGGCACUCCCUCAAGUACAACUUUGACUACUACGAUGAGCCUAGCAUCGAGCACAACGAGCAGCUGCGUGUCGGCCACAUCACUUCCAAUAACUUUCAAUGAGCUAGUGACAACGUCGUAUGGGGAGAAUAUUUUCAUUGCGGGAUCCAUUCCUCAGCUUGGAAACUGGAAUUCGGCAAAUGCGGUACCUCUUGCUUCGACUCAGUAUACUUCAACAAAUCCAGUCUGGAGUGUAUCACUUGAUCUUCCUGUUGGAUCCACGUUUCAAUACAAAUUCAUGAAGAAAGAGAAGGACGGCUCAGUGGUCUGGGAGAGUGAUCCCAAUCGGUCUUACACAGUGGGUAAUGGAUGUACUGGGGCGAAGUAUACAGUAAAUGACUCUUGGAGAUAG